AUGUCUAUAGCGAAAAUACAGAUAACCCCUGAAGAUGGCCUGCCUAAUAGUAUUUGUUCAAGAUGUGUUCAAAAAUUAAAUGACUGCUUAGAAUUUAUCCAGCUUUGUGAAUCUAGUGAUGUAAAACUGAAAUCGUUAUUGAUGCAGCAAUGUCAUGGUGGAAAAUUAAUAUUAGAAGAUGACAAAUAUGUUUUAGAAAAUACAAAGUUUACAUUUGAUAGUGAAAACACUCUUUCACCGACUAGUGAAAUUGAUAAAGUGCUAUUAAUUGAUGAAAGUGUAGACCACAGCAUGCAAACACUGUUGUCUGAAGACAUCAUUGGAGAAGGAACUAAGUUGAUUACAGAGGAUGAAGUCAGUUUUAAGAUUGACUCGAAAAAGACUCAAAAACAACAAUGUUUUACUUGUGGCAAAGUAAUGUCAUCAAGGUUCCGACUAAAGACUCAUUUAAGAACACACACAGGGGAGAGGCCAUUCUCCUGUCCACAUUGCAAUAAAAACUUUUCAUUGGCACAAAAUUUAAAGGUGCACCUAAGAAUACACACUGGAGAAAAGCCUUUGCAAUGUUCAGUGUGCGGUGAAUCUUUUGCCCACUCUGCUGGGCUAGCUACACAUAGGCGAAAACACACUGGCCAGACGCCAUAUCAAUGUGUGUUGUGUCCACGAUCUUUUCGAACCAUAGGACAUUUGCAGUACCACACAAGACGACAUACGGGCGAGAAGAAUUUUGAAUGUGACACUUGCGGACGUGCAUUUAUAACUCGUAGCGAUUUAAAGCAGCACCUACUAACUCACACUGGAGAUCGACCGCAUGUCUGUUGUAUAUGUGGUCUGAGAUUAACGCGGGCUUCACACCUCAAGCGUCAUAUGCUGUCAACUCACGCUGGAAAAGCUUAUGCUUGUCACAGUUGUCCAGCCAAGUUUAAUAAAAAAAAUGAAUUAGAAAAACAUGUGAAAAAGCAUGGAGAGAUGAAAGAUGAAUCUGAUAGCAACUAA